AUGGGAUCAUUCUGGUGGGGAUCAAAUGGGCUCGAUGAGCUUAUCGAGAAAGCGACAUCGGAAUUAUUGCCAGCUGGUCAGGUUGACCUUGCACUUCAUCUAGAGAUAAGUGACCAAAUACGAAGCAAGAAAGUAAACGCAAAGGAUGCGAUGCGAUCAUUGAAGCAACGCUUAAACCAUAAGAAUCCAAAUGUAGUCAUGUCUACAUUAGAGCUUGUAGACACUUGUGUGAAAAACAGUGGUAGUACGUUCGUCAAGGAAGUUGCGACCAGAGAAUUUAUGGAAGAACUGACGCAUAUUAUCAAGAUGCCUAAUGGAAGUAGUCAUGUCAAGAGUAAAGCACUGUCUCUGAUUCAAGUAUGGGGGAUCGCUUCCAAAGGAAAUCCCACGCUUAGCUAUAUCUCGGAUACGUAUACACUGCUGCGUGCAGAAGGAUACACGUUUCCUCACAUCACUGGUAAGAUUGAUGCGACUCUAUUUGAAACGGCAGUGGCACCCGAAUGGACAGAUUCAGCUUGCUGUGAAAGAUGUAGAACUUCAUUCACCUUGACCAACAGAAAGCAUCAUUGCCGGCAAUGCGGUAGCACGUUUUGCCAGCAAUGCUCCUCAAAGAGCAUGCCUUUGCCCCAUCUCGGGAUCAACGACAGUGUUCGAGUAUGUGAUGGUUGCUAUAUCAAGGUAAAGCUUGCCAAGGUAGCUGAUAGAGAUGCAGUGCCACAUUUGCUUGGUACGCCUGCAUCCACCUCUUCCUCUUUAACCCCUACCUAUACACCAUCUAUCAAGAACAAAGCGCAAACAGCCACCACAACCACCACGACAUCCAACACUAACAACAACAGCAGCAGCGCAGUGAAUGACGAUCAAUUUGAGGACGAUAUCAAAAAGGCCAUCGAGUUGUCAUUAAAGGAAUCUCAGCAACAACAAAAAUUGGCUAGCUUUUACAGUAGUGAACAAAAGGAAGAGCCUGCUGCAGUCAACACGAGAAACAAGACGGCUGGAGAGGAGGAAGAGGAUGCCAAUCUUGCCGCAGCGAUUGCAGCAUCAUUGCAAGACAUGAAAUCAUCAGCAACUGGCACUGUUAGAGACGAUUAUCCCAAGUACAAUAACAAUGAAUUAUCGCCCAUUGAUAUGGAGAACAUUCAGUUGUUUUCUACUUUAAUGCAACGUGUUCAAUCAGCAGCAAAUGAUGUAUCUGGUGAUUCGCAAAUCAACCAGCUCUAUACUCAAAUUGGCACACUCCAGCCUAAGCUGGUAAGAACGUUGAAUGACACGAGUCGAAAGCAUGAAAUGUUUGUCAAUUUACAUACCAAAUUGAAUCAAGCUGUCAAGGCAUAUGAUAAAUUGAUUGAAGACAGAUUGACCAGUGCAGCUCAACGUACCAGAACACCUUCAUACCCAACUUACUACAGCCAUGCUCAAACCGCAGCAGCUACUUCUCAAGUCCAGCAUCAAUACCCUUCUCCUACUUGGCAGCAGCCCAUGAAUGGAUAUCCUCACUACAGCGCGCAAACACCCAUCUCGCUUCCUCUUUCUCAGCCAGCUCAACAACCAUUAUCUCAAUCACAGCCAUACCUACAAUCGCAACCACAAUCGCAACCACAACCACAACCACAUCCACAACCUCAGCCUGUGUCUACACUUGAUAGCAUGCGCAUACAUCAAGCGCCUCUACCUCCCCCAUCAGGCCAACAACAAUGGUAUCCAUCUGCUGAACGUUCACCAUAUGAAUAUCAACCCCAAUCUACAAUGGCUCCUGUUCCAGUGCAAACACCCGCAAUGCAGCCUAUGCAGCCACUGCAACAAGCUGUACCUUACCCAGUCAUCAAUCAUGGAUCCAAUUAUACACAACCCCAGCAGCAGCAGCAGCAGCAACAACAACAACAACAACAACAAGUUUAUCACCAACAACCUGUUGAAGAAGCACCUUUGAUUGAAUUGUGA